AUGAGGAGUCAAUCGAUCAGCAUAUUGUCUGCCAACAUCAGGGGCUUCAUGACCAAUGUUGGCGAUCUCACACAUAGCUUUGUGAACACUCAUCGUCCUGAUGUGGUUGUUGUGCUAGAAACAUUUCUAGAUGACAAGACCCCUGAGAACUUUGCUACAAUUGCCGGUUAUACCUCAUGGUUGCGCCGAGAUAGGCAGGGUCAAGGAGGGGGUGUUGCAGUGUGCACCAGCAAAUCUGUGUAUGUACAACACAUUGAUGUGGUCAUUCCUGGUCAUCUUGAAAUUAUGUUCUUCAAAGUAUGCUUAAAUCCAGGUACCUCAAUUCUCUUAUGUGCAAUGUACAGACCUCAAUGGCAGGGUGCUUCUCCAAUCGCCUUCCUGAUGGACAAUCUAGACUCCCUGCUAAUGCAGCACAACUGUCAGCACAUUAUAAUUGUAGGUGACCUCAACCAGUAUCUUAUACAGAGGGAUUUUGAUGAACUCUUAGCAGUUUUUAACCUUGAAAAUUUUAUGAGCUUUCCUACCCACAUAUCAGGCUCGUCCCUUGAUCCUGUCGUAACUGACCUUCCUGCAAAUAUUGUUAAUUGCAGACCUCUGGGAUAUGUUGGUUCUUCAGACCACCAGGCUGUCUUUACUACACUGGCUAUCCCGACAGAUCGAGGUGAAGAAUCUGUUCGUACUACCUGGCUAUGGGACAGAGGGAACUGGCCAGCCCUACGUUCAGAGCUUGAAGUAACUGAUUGGCAUGCCUUGCUCCAGGGGGGCGUGAACAGCCAAGUAAACGCUUUCACCAGUCAUAUACUGGACCUCCAGUAUAGGCAUAUCCCUCACCGGCAGUAUGUGACCAAGCCCACUGAUCAGCCUUGGUUUGGAUAUCGGUGCCGGAUGGCAGCUGAAGCCAAAAACAAGGCCUGGAGGAGAUUUAAACGGCAUCCCUCGGCUCAUAACAGAAACAUUCAUAGACAAUCUUGUCGAAUAAUGAAAGAAGUUCAAAAGUGGGCUAUAUCCAGAUGGGAAUCCGAAACUCGAAGAAAACUUGCAUCUGGAAGGGUUGGAUCCAAGGUCUGGUGGUCCCUGGUGAAGGAUCGGCAGGGGUACUCAUCUGAGGACACAAUCCCACCUCUAAACAGAGAAGAUGGUUUGUCUGGGGAAGGAGUUACUGAGAACUUCGAGGCCAGCAGAGAUGAAGUAGAUGAUGAGACUCCAAGGUUGUGGAAGGUACUGAGCUCUAUGGAAGAGCAGCCACAUAGUGAGGAGCAGGACCGCAAGCUGUGA